AUGUGUCUGAAAUAUUACCUUGACCGUGCGAUACGUGCGCUCAACUUUCAUCUAAAGUUCGCCACUUUUCCUACAGUAGACGAACGCCUCGCUGUCACGUGAUCACCCAUACAGGAAGAAAACUAAAAUGGCGGUGUGUAUCGCAGUGAUAGCAAAAGAGAACUAUCCGCUGUAUAUCCGCAGCGUUCCUACUCAAAAUGAGCUAAAAUUUCACUACACCGUGCACACCUCCUUGGAUGUGGUGGAGGAAAAGAUUUCUGCUGUGGGGAAGUCCUUGGGGGACCAGAGAGAGCUCUACCUGGGUCUACUAUAUCCUACAGAAGACUACAAAGUAUAUGGCUAUGUGACUAACUCCAAGGUUAAAUUUGUUAUUGUUGUAGACUCAUCCAACACGUCAUUGCGGGACAACGAAAUAAGAAGUAUGUUCAGAAAACUGCACAAUUCAUUCACGGAUGUCAUGUGUAACCCUUUCCAUACACCAGGAAAUCCUAUUCAGUCAAAGGCAUUUGAUGAAGUUGUCUCCGGAAUGUUGGCGCAAAGUGCUUGAUGUCUUCGACAGCCUCCCAUGUACAUAUGUUUGUAUUGACUCCAUUGUUUCAAUGUAUGCGUAAAUAAAAAAAUGUUUGCAGCACGUCAAACUGCAUCUUAGUACAAGUGAAGCAUCUGAUCAUUUUAUUUAUUCACGGAAAGCAAAAGAUGUAUAAUUUAAAACGGAAGCGGAUUCAUCCACAGCGGCCACAAACAAUACAUUUGUGUUAGUUUGUUUAAAAAAAAAAAAAGAA